CAAAACAUGUUUUUCCGAGAUAGUUUGAAAACUGUAAAAAUAAGAAAGUAGCCCUAAACAGUAAACACAGAAUCGCUUUCUGAAGCAGCAGCCGAGUUCCAAACAUGGCGGAAACCUCUGUUUCUGUAGCCGUAGAACACCUGACCUGCUAAUACUGACUUUUGAUUUCGUUUUUGCAUUGCACAUCUCCAGAAUUGAUGAUCCUGCCGGGCACAUAGCCUCCGGAUGAAUUUCUACAGCGCCUCCGCAAAAGUUGAAUGCCUUUUCGCCACCUGUGGAAUUCCCGUCUCGAAGUUUGAUGUCCGCCGCAAAAACCACCGUUCAUCGGAGUUUCGAGCUCGAUAAUUCACGCGCUAAUCCGCAACACAACCCCACAGUUAUGUGGCGGAACAUCGCCAAGCAAUUCAGUUCAAGAGCUCCGUCGAAGUCCUGCAGUUGUAAUCCACACUCAUACUCAAGCGCGUGCGGUUUUCCUAGAUUCGCCGGAGAUCCACCCUUCGUCCCCGGCGAAUUCAAGUUGAGAUUUCGAUUUAAUUCCAAUUCGUUCUCCAAGGCGAGCAUUUCUUCUCUAGGUAUUCGCAAAGUCGGCAAUAUCUCUCGGCGGGAAGAGUUUCCGCCGCUCCUAUCGGCGGCGAACCAGAUGAAUGUCAAUGGAUUGUGCUGCCGGAGCUACGCCAGUGCAGCGGAGGCGGUGGAAGUGGCGCACACUGAUGCAGAGGAGGACAACAAUGGCGGAGACUCUGUAAGUAAAGAGGUUCAAAAGCUACUAAAGGAGGCGAAAAUAGAUGAAAUAAGGCAGAACCGUACGCACUGGAGGGAACCUAACCGUAGAGGAUUAUGGAGUUCAAAGUACAGAGAACUGAAGAGGAGACAGGUUAAGAUCGAGACAGAGGCAUGGGAGCAAGCAGUGAAGGAGUACAGGGAGCUUUUGAAUGAUAUGUGUAAGCAGAAAUUGGCCCCAAAUUUGCCAUACAUGAAGAGUUUAUUCCUCGGGUGGUUCGAGCCUCUAAGGAACAAGAUUUUGGAAGAUCAGGAGCUGAUUAGGGCAGGGAAGAACAAGAUGGGAUAUGCUAAGUACUUUGAUCACUUGCCGGCGGAUAUGAUGGCUGUUAUAACCAUGCAUAAGUUAACGGCUAUGUUGAUGACCGGGGGUGAACAUGGAUCUGCUAAUGUGUUACAGGCUGCUUGCGCAAUUGGUUCGGCAAUUGAACAGGAGGUGAGAAUACACCAUUUGCUGGAGAACGCAAAGAAGAAAAAAGCCAACAAAGAUACAGUGAUGGAAGGAGAUGACUCUAAUGUAGAUAACGAGGAACAAGAUAAAUUGCGACGAAAGGUAACAACUUUGAUAAAAAAGCAAAAGCUGAAAGCAGUUAGGCAGUUGGUGGACAGACAGCUUGUGCAUCAUUCGUGGGGACAAGAGGCUGCAGUAAAAGUUGGAAGCCGCCUCAUUGAAUUGAUUCUACAAACAGCCUAUAUACAACCUCCCGUUAAUCAGUCAGCAAAUGGUACUCCAGAUGUUCGGCCUGCAUUUAUACACACAGUUAGAACUGUGACAAAGGCAAUGAACAGGAGUCAUGUCAGAAGAUAUGGGAUUAUCCAAUGCGAUCCUCUUGUUCGUAAAGGCCUUGAGAGAAACGCCAAGCACAUGGUGAUUCCAUAUAUGCCAAUGUUAGUGCCUCCAGUCAAGUGGACAGGGUAUGAAAAAGGGGCACAUUUCUAUUUACCUUCAUAUGUGAUGCGUACACAUGGAGCCCGGCAACAACGUGAAGCAAUUAAGAGGACUGACAGGAGACAACUAAAGACAGUUUUUGAGGCAUUGAAUACUCUUGGAAGCACCAGGUGGAGAGUGAAUCAGAGAGUGCUUGUUGUGAUUGACAGAAUAUGGGCUAGUGGUGGCCGGCUUGCAGAUUUAGUUGACCGGAAUGAUAUCCCUCUGCCAGAGCAGCCCGAUACAGAAGACGAAACUUCAAUUAAGAAGUGGAAAUGGAAAGUUAAAUUAAUCAAAAAAGAGAACAGGGAGAGACAUUCACAGCGUUGUGACACAGAGCUCAAACUAGCUGUUGCGCGGAAAUUGAAGGAGGAAGAAGGAUUUUUUUAUCCACACAACCUUGAUUUUCGAGGCCGUGCAUAUCCCAUGCACCCACACUUGAAUCAUUUGGGAUCUGACAUUUGUAGAGGAAUUCUAGAAUUCCAAGAGGGAAGACCUCUUGGACAUUCAGGCUUGCGAUGGCUUAAAAUACAUAUCGCAAAUUUAUAUGCCAAUGGUGUAGAUAAGUUGUCACUAGAAGGCAGAAUAGCAUUUACUGAGAACCACUUGGAUGAUAUAUUUGAUUCGGCAGAUAGACCACUUGAAGGAAAGCGCUGGUGGUUAAAUGCUGAAGAUCCCUUUCAGUGUUUGGCUGCAAGCAUAAAUCUUACUGAAGCCCUGAGAAGUCCAUCGCCUGAGACAACAAUUUCACAUAUUCCCGUGCACCAGGAUGGUUCAUGCAAUGGCUUGCAGCAUUAUGCUGCCCUUGGUAGGGACAAGCUUGGGGCAGCUGCUGUUAAUUUGGUUGCUGGGGAAAAGCCUGCCGAUGUCUACUCAGGAAUUGCUGCCAGGGUUCAUGCUAUCAUGAAGGAUGAUGCUCAAAAGGAUCCUGCAAUAUUUCCAGAUGCCCUGCAUGCAAGACUAUUGAUCAAUCAGGUGGACCGAAAACUGGUCAAACAGACUGUGAUGACAUCAGUAUAUGGUGUUACUUAUAUUGGUGCUCGAGAUCAAAUUAAGAAAAGAUUAAAAGAACGUGCCACAAUUGCGGAUGAUGCACAGAUCUUUGGUGGAGCUUGUUAUGCAGCAAAAGUUACCUUGACGGCUUUGGGACAGAUGUUUGAAGCUGCUCGGAGUAUCAUGAACUGGCUCAGUGACUGCGCAAAGAUCAUUGCAUUAGAAAACAAACCUGUUUGUUGGACAACUCCACUCGGACUGCCCGUGGUUCAGCCUUACCGUAAAACAAGAAAACAAUGUGUUAAAACAUCUCUCCAGGUUUUGACCCUGCAUUGUGAGAUGGAAAAGGUUAUGGUCAAGAAGCAGAGAACGGCUUUCCCGCCAAAUUUUGUCCAUUCCCUCGAUGGUUCACACAUGAUGAUGACGGCAAUCGCCUGCAAGAGGGCCGGCUUGAAUUUUGCAGGCGUCCAUGAUUCAUAUUGGACUCACGCGUGCAAUGUCGAUGACUUGAACCGGAUAUUGAGAGAGAAGUUUGUCGAACUAUACAGCCAGCCGAUUCUAGAGAAUUUAUUGGAAGGCUUCGAAAAUUCGUUCCCUUCACUGGCCUUCCCUCCAUUGCCAGAUCGUGGCGACUUUGACCUUAAGGAUGUACUCGACUCUCCCUAUUUCUUCAACUGAACCAUACAGCCUUCUUCCCAAAUCCUUCCUGCCGACAAUUUUAUAAUGAUUGUCUCAGCAUUCCUACAGCAUAGAGAUCGGUGUAGAGUUGUAGCUGUAUGUGUAUAUCUAUGUUUUUGUGCUUACAGCUAAGUUUAGAUUCCACUCCAAUUUCUAAGUUCAGAUCCAAUGAAGAAGAUUAGGGAUUGUAAAUUUGUACCUAGACUCGUAAAAAGGCUAAAUUUGGACAUCGCUAUGCCAAAUUUGAGCCGAGACAGUUUGUAGAAUCCAUAAGCUAUAGAUGAUUUUGGGAUUCCACCAUAUCAACAGCAAAGAGAUAUUGCAAAAUCGGAUAUCGAAGGUUGAUGAAAAAUUGGAGUAAUGUAUUUAUUGAGGAGGCAUGUGGUAAACAGAUUGCAUUUUCGAUUCUAAAAGAGAGACAUACUUGUCGAGCAUAGAAA